UCUCUCUCUCUCUCUCUCUCUAUAUAUAUAUAUAUAUAUAUAUAUAUAUAAGAGUUGCCUAAAAAUUAGGGGCCUCACUGUGCCUCAUUCAACCAAGUGGUCUUAGUUUUCAAAAUAAAAAUGUAACAAAUUUCAAACAACCUUACAGUCUCAAAAUGACUUCAUGUUUAAAAUAUCAAUGAUAGAUUCUUUCUUGAGAAUUUACGAAUUCAAUAUCCACGUAUACCGACCACUAUACGUCUGUACAUACUUAGAGGUCAAUUAUUCCACAGUAGCAAGUCCGAAUUGGAGCCACGCCGAAGACCACGCAAAAUUUGAGUCCACCGAAACACGGCAUCCGUUAUUGCCAACGAAAGGCGGCUCGGUUGUAAGUGCAGCGCGUUGACGGUGCAAGUCAGACCGAAGUCACUCUCGCCUUGAAAUGCUUGGAAGUCCCUAACUCUUCCUCAUAACAACUAAGGACUUGUGGACAGGAUUGAGAAGGUUAAGACCGUGCGGAAAGAGUUGGACAGUUGAUAUACCCCUGGAAGUGGUGAGAAGCAGCAGAACGCAUUUUGUGAAAAGACAAUAGGGUGAAGGAAAGGAAAAACAAAGUAUAUCGAUAGGAAGUUGUGUUGAGUUUUGCGGUAGAGAAGACGGUGUUGGGUAUGGCACACCUUGCGCCUGUGCAGAUCGUGAGGAAGAAGCGGCUGAUGCUACCAUUGCCUCCCCCAGCGACUCCCUCCGCGAAGAGUUUAUUGAAAGCACUGAUCAGCCUGACGAAGGUUGUGUCGUCAUGUGGGAAACCGAAGGCAUGUCAAAGCCGGAACGUCUCGAACAUUGUUCGGAGAGUCGAGCUGUUGGCGGCUCUUUUCGAGGAGAUUAGAGAAUCUCGCAGCCCUAUUCCCCCAUCUGCUGUGGUAGGUUUCCAAGAGUUACACCGAUUGGUGCAGAGGAUCUACAUACUGCUCGAGGAGUGCAGAGAGAUGAGCGUGUUUUGGUUGCUUAUGGAGCAAGAGGAAUACAAUCAAUACUUUUAUGAGCUCACGCAGACUUUUGGAAGUGUACUGAGUUCCAUGCCUUUGGAGCUUCUGGAUCUGUCAGAGGAAGCAAUGGAACAAACCCUGCUAGUUCGUGCACAAGUGCUCCGAGCACGCCUCGCGCUGAAUCCCGUCGAAGUUCAACUGCGUGAAAAUGCCAUCAAUAUGCUUCAGAUGGUGGAGAGGAACGAGAUCCCUCGACUAUCUCAACUGGGAUCUCUCUUCAACAAGCUACAGUUGCUGAACGCUACAGACUGUGAGACGGAGAUCCAUCGCUUAGAAGAUAUUAGCAUGCAAGAAAACAGAAAGGACGAUGAAAAGACACAGCAUGGGAUUGCCGGGUUAAUCAGCUUCGUGCGAUACGGGAAGUAUGUGCUUCACUCGGCAGACCUUGACGAAGUUGAUGACGAAUCUUCUCAAGUAAGCUCAAGAAACAGUCGAAGAGAAGGGUUGGAUGAGGUUUCCACCAGCAGGCCAGGUGAAGACGCUGCGAUGGUCGGCCCUCCAGUUGAGUUCCUUUGUCCGAUUACCCUUGACCUCAUGCGAGACCCCGUGAUUGUUACAACUGGGCAGACGUAUGACAGGACAUCAAUUACUAGGUGGAUUCAAGAAGGCCACUCCACAUGCCCAAAGACGAGUCAGAAGCUUGAUCGGAACAAACUAAUUUCAAAUCAUGCAUUGAAGAGCUUGAUUUCACAGUGGUGUGAAGACCACGACGUUCCAUACGAAAACGGAACUCUUAAAGCUGGUAAAAAAGUGGCUGGUAUUCAACACGUGCACAGUACCCGAGUUGGCCUUGGGGCUAUGAGGCUCACUGCAACAUUCUUGAUCGAGAAACUAGCUACUGGUAACGUGUAUGUGCAGAAGCAUGUUGCCCGUGAGCUUCACCUGCUUUCAAAAAGUGGAGCGGACGGUAGGAUCUCCAUUGCAGAAGCUGGGGGUGUUCCCCUUCUUCUUCCCCUCCUAUCAUCCUCCGAUGCUAAAACUCAAGAACACGCCAUCACAACUUUGCUGAAUCUUUCCCUUGUCAAAGAAAACAGUAAAAAGAUCGUUGCAGCUGGUUCAUUGGAACGCAUCAUUGAGGUUUUGAAAUCAGGUCAUACGAUGGAAGCACGAGAAAACGCUGCUGCAACAUUGUUUUCUAUAUCUGUUAGUGAUGAGUUUAAAGUGGAGAUCGGAAGCACGUUUGGUGCAAUUCCAUCUUUGAUCACACUACUUCGGGACGGAAGCAUGCAAAGAGGGAAGAAAGAUGCUGUAACCGCAUUGUUCAACUUGGCUGUCUACCAUGGCAACAAAGCCAAGAUUAUUAAGGCAGGUGCGGUGCCGUUGCUUGUUGUUCACUUGUCGGACCAAUCAUCCUCUAUAGCUGAAACGUGUGCGGCAGUCCUAACUUUGCUCGCAACCUCCCCAGAUGCCAUUGAUGCAAUACACAACGCGGCUUCCAUCUCUGAGUUCCUUCCCCUACUGCGAAAUGGCUCGCCUAAAGGACGCGAAAACCUCGCCUCGAUACUGUUGUCUAUGUGCCUCAGUGGUGACCAAAAGGUCAUCGACGAUAUCUUUCUCCAUCUUAAGGACAUUGUCCCAAUUCUUCACAGCUUGCUCCUGUCUGGAACACCACGGGCAAAGCGCAAAGCUGCUUCUCUGCUUAAGCUCCUCAGCAGCUUGAACCCUGCUGAAGUCAAGCGCUGCUUCUCAGGAGUUCGACUAACAGCACACUGAGUCAUCAGCGCUGUGUUACAAAAAUUCCUCGAAACUCCUUGUACCAAAUAAAGACGCCGUAAAUACAUUUUAGUGGAAAAAAUUCACAGCAUGUUCAUUGUAAUUAGUUCAUACAGCAUUAUUUUCACAUUAAUUAGUAUAAUUAUACUGACGGAAGCAGCCAUUAUGAGGGUUCGUAGAUAGACAAGUACAGAUUUCAGCAGACCACGCGAUUCUGAGCAUGGAAAGGAAAGCCAAGGGAAAUAAAGAGAGUUCAGUUGAGUAGGUACAUUUUUUCGGCACCUAGCGCAGACACGGACAUGGAUGUCCUGAGUUGUAUUCUUCCUGUACGAAAUCUCAGAACGUUCCUCCUCUUAGCUGUA